GUUUCUGUUUACAAAAAUCGUCUGCGAUGACAGAGCUGUUUGCCAGACAAGUUUACACUCUUUUACAAUAUUUUUAAAUCAAGAUAUUACACUAUCGUACUCUUAGCUUCAAUAUCUACUCUAUUUUGAAAGGUUUUAAUCAUGUUAAAGUUAUGAUCAUUGAUUACGAUAGACAAUAACAGGGUGACUCUUCCGUCCUCCUUCACUGAUGCUCCUCUCUCAUCCUCACCAGUCUGCCCAAUCUAACAUGCUAGGUCUACUCCAUCGCUAAUUAAAAGAGUAUUUUGAGUUCAUCAACUGACGGUCGACAUGGCAUUGCUUCGUAAAAGACGAGACAUGAUGUUACGGCAGCGUACGCGUGGUGAGGAUGAAGAGAACGUGGCAUCCGUCGAGUCUGCAGACGUUACGCGGGACAAACGAGAUGUUUGUGUGUCCAGAGUCACCAAAAUGUCUGCGCUACUUCUAGGAGUUGGAAUUGCUGCGUUAUGGCUUACUAUGUACUCUGUGGCUGUACAUUUCAAUGGCAAAAUGCCCGCUAUAAGAUUGGUGGCGGAUGAAAAGGGAGCAGAGUCAGGAAGGUUCGUAGGCGAACGGGCAAAAACCUUUCUGGCGAAACUGUCGGGCGUGGGCGUGAAGGUGACCGGCAGCCAUGCGAACGAAGUACUGGCCGUGCGGCUGAUCGAAGCGGAAAUCGCGGCCAUAAUGGCGGAAGCGGCUACAGACGCGCGACACGCGAUAGCGACCGACCGCCAGACACCGUCCGGAUCGUUCUAUCUGGCGUUCAGCGUCGGUUUUCUGUCGCACUAUAGUCGCGUGCAGAAUGUCGUCGUCAAGAUAGGACCUAGGCGGGAAGUCAACGCUAGUUUGUUGGUCAACUGUCACUUUGAUUCGGCGCCUACCAGUCCAGGUGCCAGUGAUGAUGGUCUAAACUGCGCUGUCAUGCUGGAGACUCUCAGAGUACUUUCGCAACAAAAAGAAGAACUGCAACACAAUAUCAUUUUCCUGUUCAACGGUGCUGAGGAGACUCCCUUGCAGGCAUCGCAUGGAUUCAUCGCCCACCAUCCUUGGGCGAAAGAGGUGAAAGCAUUCGUCAAUUUGGAAAGCUGUGGCGCGGGUGGCCACGAGUUUCUCUUCCAAACAGGUCCGGGCCAUUCGUGGCUGGUCGAGUUAUAUGCGGAUGCAGCUGAACAUCCGAGUGGUACUGUUCUGGGUGAAGAUAUCUUUCAGAGUGGACUGGUUCCAUCAGACACUGACUUUCGGGUUUUCAGAGAUUACGGCAAGAUACCUGGUCUGGACUUUGCACACUGCGACAACGGUUUCGUUUACCACACACGCUAUGAUGACAUCGACCAGAUCCAAGAUGGCGUCUACCAGCACACAGGCGAUAACCUGCUUGCGUUGAUCAGGAAGUUCUCGAACAGUGAGAAGCUGACAGAGGCCGAGCAAUACAAGGAAGGGCGGGCGGUCUACUUUGAUGUGCUUGGUCUGCACAUGGUCGUCUACUCGGAGACGGUCGGCAUCAUUGUGAACCUGGCUGUUGUCAUGGUGUCACUGUGUUCCGUGCUGCAGAGUACCUUCACUUACACAUCAGGCAUGUCACGCAAACAAGUGGUGAUGCAGCUGAUGACUAGUGUUGCCAACCCACUAUUGGGCAUAGUGACAGCGGUGUGCUUCGCCCUGGCCACGGCUGUGCUGUUGGACGCCCUGUGUGCCACCAAUGGCUGGUACUCGCGGCAGGCUCUCAUUGUGCCGCUCUACAUGGCUCCCACGCUGCUUGCCCUCUGUCUGCCGCCGCUGCUGCUCAACAAGUUCAAGUCUGUCAGUUUCCGCACUACUUACCGCACUAGAUACAUAACCUAUGAUAGCUUACAAGAGCACAUGAAACACCUGAACGUUGUAUUCAAACGAUUGAAAACUCAUCAACUAAAAAUACAAUUGGACAAGACCGAAUUCUUUAAGAAAGAACUUCUAUUUCUAGGUUUUGACGAUUCAGAAUUAUUCCCAGGCUUUCCCGCGGAAAAUAAUGCGAACAAUGCCAACGACAAUGUCAAUAACAAUGAUGAGUACGAUGACAUUGAUAUCAAUGAUCUGCUAAGAUUCCAUAACAAUGAAGCUCCUCCGUCGUGUAACUUCAUUUUAAUUUUUGUAAUUUUUGAGUGUCCCAAAUUUAUUUUUCGGGACGAAAAAAACUUAAGGAGGGAGGAAUUAUGUAAACUUAAACAAUUGAUGUGGACAAUUGUGCUGUUCUUGGCCAUCCUGACCGGGUUUCGGUCGGCCUAUCUCAUCAUGCUCGCUGUCGUCUUCACGGCGUCGGCCAACUGUCUACUGGCCCUCUUCAAUUGCCAGCACUCAGUGCGCAAAUGGCUGACAGUGUAUCUGUGCAGCAGCAUGGUGCCGGGAGUCUACUUUGUGUACAUCUAUGUGAUGGCGAUGACUCUGUUUGUGCCCAUAUCGGGGCGGUCAGGUCCCAAUGUCAAUCCCGAUCUUAUAAUUGGUGUCAUUGCUUCGCUACUCUGCUGCCUGAUAUUUGGAUAUCUGAGCCCUCUGAUUCUGUUGGUGUGGAAACCAUGGAGACUAAUUCUGGGAAUUUUCGCAGUCUAUUUUGUGGCCGUACUGGCAGUUAUUGCAACACCUCUAGGUUUCCCCUUCAGUCAACAAUUUCCCGAACGAAUUCUCAUGUUUCACGUGGAGCGCAACCUGCACAACAUAUCGUCGCCUGACAGCAGCGAGGGUGGGGGUGGGGGAGUGAGCACCGACUCGGGCCUAUGGCUGUACCACAUGGACCGCAGAGCACCUCACACCUACUCUGUCUUCCCCUGGUUCAACAACCUCCAGAAUGUCGACAUCGACUGCGAAAAGUACAUCUACUGCGGUAUGCCUUUCUACUAUUCCAGGAGUGCAAAGACUGAUGUAAACCCAGGGUCUUGGAUUCCUGUACCGCCUCCCAAAUUUGAGAACGAUACUCUGAUAAAAGUGACAGCAAUCGAAAAUGUUGAGCAUGAUUUGAAGCGUUACACAUUCUCGGUUCACGGUCCAAACCAGAUGCGAAUCUUUUUAAGUCCGAAGCAGGAUGUGAAUCUGGUUAGCUGGGACUUUGCAAGUCCCCCCGAGCCCGGACCGAAGUGGGGCGAUCGACUCACCUAUAUGAUAAGCCACACCACCGGUCUCCCCUCCCCCGCCUGGAAUUUCAGCAUUGAUUUGAGGGACAACCGACCGGCCGGUGCAAAGCAGGAAGUGAUAGAUGUGGCAAUUUCAGGCCACUACGUGGACAGCAGUGAACAGCAGAAGAAGGACUUGCUCCGUUACACCAAGUACGCACCGGAAUGGGCCCACUUCACCGCAUGGGCUGUGCAGUAUCGGGCUUAUGUCUUCUAGAAACAGACGUUUUCAAGAAGAGGACUUGCUUUGAUGCACUUCUGAAUACCAACCUUGGAUUUCCAAAGUUGUCGAAUUUGCUCAUUCUGUAUUGUUCUACUUAUGAUGUAUGUAUUAUUUUGCUCAUUAUUAUGACUGCUGUGAUGCUGUUGAAGUUGAUAAGGUUUUCAAGUUUCAGAUUUAUUAUUUGGAAAACUUUACUGGUGAAAUUUUUCAAAUGGUUUUGAUUUGGAUAGGCUAAUAUCAAGUUACCAAAAAUUAAUAAUAGAUUCAUAAGGAAAAUAAUUUUAUGAGCACAGAAAGUUAAAAACUUUGAAAUGUGAAAUAUUUAAGAUUUUCAUUAUUGGUAGCAAAUUAAUUCCCUAUUUUUAAAGGAUAAAUUCUUAAAAGUUCAUCAAGUGAAAUUCUAAAUUCACCACAUCAUAUAUUUUUGAAGAAUAACUUAAUUUGGGUUAUUUUUUGAAAAAGCCAAUAAAAAUUCAUAAAAAUUGAUAUUUUUGAGAAAUGUACUUUCUCACUUUAUUGCAAUAUUUUGAAUGAUGUAUCCUCGAAAUUUCUUGAAUUUAUUUGCUACAAAUCGUUGAAUGAUCUAUUUUGAAUAGAAAUUUAUUUUAUUUUGGUAACAUGAUAAUAUCCAAAUCGAAAAACUUGUAAAAUACCACCUGUAAAAUGUUUUCUAAAACGUCUUGCACAGCCUCAAAAUGUAUAGUAUUUUUAAUUCUCAAUUUUGCUCAUUCUUGUAACUCAUGUAAGGUUUCUAACAUUUAGAAAGUGUAAUAAUUAUUCAUUUUCAAGUGGCUGCUCAAUUAGGUAAUAAUUUGUAUUAUCUAACUAAUCAAGCGAAAUCUUUUCAUCUUGUUCAUUGUUUAUCUCUUCAUUCAUAUAAUGUUCAAGCAUUAUCUAUCAUUUGAAUGAUAGGGAGAAAAUACAGUUGAACCCUUAUUCCUCUAUCAAAUUCAGAUUAAAACAGUGAAAACUCUUCUUAUGGCUUUAGCAUUAUUUAUAAUAGUUUUAGCUCAGCUCAUCUCAAUAAUAUGUGUGUCGUUUUUCAUUCAUUCCACUCAUUAAAUUCAAGUCAGAUGUAAAUUUGGCUUCCACGUAUGUAAUAAGUAUUAUUGUCAUAAUUUCUCAUUAAACGUAAAAGUCCAAGUUGG